UAUGGACCUAGACUUACAGUAUGUAAUAAAAACUACCACCAAAUAGGACGGCAGGAGAGCGAGAGGGUCGCCGUCAUGGCGAUGCCGAAGCCGGUCACGGAACCUAGGACGCGCACGCAGAGGGAUUUGGUGGUUCCAGUCGCAACACCAUGUGACAGUCAUGCUCUGUAUGUCAAUCCUGGCCCGCGCGACUCGUGAAACGAGGGGGGAAAGAGGGCGAGGCGGGCGCCUGCAGCCUGCUGGUGCUGCCCGGUUUCCUCUUUCCUCGGCGCCCGCCAACCAGCCAGCCGCCCCAGCCAGGCGACGCUCCCUCGCGCGCUCGGCUCCCACCAUUAUCCCGCCGCCAUCGCCUCCUCUUUUUCCUCCACCGCGCGCCCUCUCCGCACGAGCCCGGGCGUGGCGUCGUUUUCUUUUCCCAACGGAGGCCGCCCCGCCCCGCCCCGCCAGCCAGCGCUGCCUUUAAUUUUGGACCCAUCCGUCCGUCCGUCCGUCCAUCGCGUUCACGGGUGCGGGGGCGGGGUGCCGGGGCUGGCUGGGCGCGCAAUCUGCCGUGCACGUACGGGCACCUAGCAGGCGGAGGGAGGACCAUCCAUUUCGUCCAUUCAGCGCCGGGCGCCCUGUCCGUGUCCGUGUCCGUCCGUCCGAGCGCGCGGAGGACGAUCGAUCGAGUCGAUCCAGCCCGGCCCGUCGCUCGUCCGGGUCCCCGGAUGGUCGCCGCCGCGCCAACAGGCACGUACAGCGACGAGAGCAGCACCGGCAGGUCCAUGGAGUUCUGGCCGGAGUUCCUGGCGACCAGCGGCGGGCGCGAGUUCGUGGCCGGCGGGGUGGGUGGCAUGGCGGGCGUGCUGGCGGGCCACCCGCUCGACACCCUCCGCAUCCGCCUGCAGCAACCGCCCGCCGCCAGCCCCAGGGUCGGGCUCGCCCCUGCCCACGCGCCCCGCCGCCGCGACACGCCACACCCUUCCGCGGUCCGCCUCCUCUGUGGCAUCCUCCACGCCGAGGGCCCCUCCGCGCUCUACCGCGGCAUGGCCGCGCCCCUCGCCUCCGUCGCCUUCCAGAACGCGAUGGUGUUCCAGGUGUACGCGAUCCUGUCACGGUCGCUGGACCCAGAGAGCUCGGCCACCUCGGAGCCGCCGUCCUACGCGAGCGUGGCGCUGGCCGGCGUCGGCACGGGGGCGCUGCAGACGCUGAUCCUGUCCCCGGUCGAGCUCGUCAAGAUCCGGCUGCAACUGGAGGCAGCGGGGCACGGGCGCCCGGGUCACCACCACCGCCGCCGCGGCCCCGUGGAGAUGGCCCGGGACAUCCUCCGGCGUGAGGGUCUCCGCGGCGUGUACCGUGGGCUCACGGUGACCGCGCUCCGCGACGCGCCGGCGCACGGCGUCUACUUCUGGACGUACGAGCGCGCCCGGGAGCGGAUGCACCCGGGGUGCCGCCGGCAGGGCGCGGACGGGGACGGGGACGAGGGCCUGGGCACCAUGCUCGUGUCCGGUGGCCUGGCGGGCGUCGCUAGCUGGGUCUGCUGCUACCCGCUGGACGUGGUCAAGUCCCGGCUGCAGGCGCAGGGCAUGGGAGCGACGCCCAGGUACCGCGGCGUCGUCGACUGCUUCCGGAGGAGCGUCCGGGAGGAAGGUCUCCCCGUGCUGUGGCGCGGACUCGGCACCGCCGUCGCCCGCGCGUUCGUCGUCAAUGGCGCCAUCUUCUCCGCCUACGAGCUGGCUCUGCGGUUCUUGGCCAGCGGGAGUGGCCCCAGGCUGGUCAUGGAGGAGAACUGAGCUCGCGUGCUGUGCCAGAUUCUGCACCGUUCGUUCGUGCAACCAUACCCUACCCCAUUUGUGAGAUUGGACCGUGUUGUACAUAGGCUAGUAUUCAUUGGGAUUUGGGAGUGGAUGGGGGAGUCUCAUGCCAUGGGAAUGAGCUGAGAUUCGUAGAGUACUGUAGCUGCAAGCUUCAUACAAAUUGAAGCUUGCGUCUUUGAUGAUGAUGGCGAUCAGUUACCCCGAUAGUUGGGGAAAUACAGUCUGCAGUACAUUAGAUUGGUGUGCUGCUAUUUCAGAUACUCUGCAUGAACAUCAGUGAGACAAUGACCGAUUGACAUUACAGUAUGUGUCGAUAAACCAUUCAUGGAAAACAUCAGAAUUCUUCUAGUCAGUUGCUUUCA